CCCAGCCUGGGAUUAAAUUGGGAUGACAAGGUGGGGCUCGGCAGAGGUGUGAGAUGCUGGGCUGAAGAGUACAUUUCCAUAGCAGCAGCCACAGCCAGCUUCCUUCCCAGGCUCUACCAGGCAGCAGAGCUUGGCAGCGUUUGUGGCAGAGGUGCUAGGGAAGCAAGUUGCUUGCAUCAGGCACCACAUCCAGCUGAGCAGACAUCAGGGAAACCUUUCAGCAGUCUUCAAGGGAGAUGAAUCAAACAUCCCAGCUUUACAUAUCUUGUCCAGAGCAGAGAAGGUUAAAAAGAGACAGUGCACAUGCUCAGAAAUGCUGCACUUGUUCUGGGAGCAGUUUGCAGCGGCCAUUUCAAAGAGACCAUCACAAAGACCAGGCAGAGAUCAGAGAAGCACUCACUCCCAAGAUGCUGGUACCCUGCCUGCUGAGAAGAGUGGUCCUCACAGUUCCUUUAGUCCUUGUGGUGGGACUGCUUUUCUUGGAGCCUGUCAGAUCUGACCAAGAGGCAGGAACAGCCAUACCAGCUGAAAGUCGUCCUUGUGUUGACUGCCAUGCAUUUGAGUUUAUGCAGAGGGCUCUGCAGGAUUUAAAGAAGACAGCCUAUAACCUAGACACACGGACAGAAACUCUGCUUCUUCAGGUGGAAAAGAGAAACCUCUGUGACUGUGUCACUGCAAAUCUGCUGAACUGAAUCCUGGAGGCCACCUGAGGAGCAUCACUGCUGAGUGGUUUUCCAAGUGCAGCUGUAUGAAAUACAGCCUUAUGGAGUUCACGUGGCAAGCAUGUAUGCCCUGAUGUCCUGAGGGAACUGGGGGGCUGUGUCUUAUGUAUUUGUCUGUUGUGGUUUGGAUUUUUUUAAGACUUCCCUUUUUUCACACCCACUGGGUUGACAGGAAGAGCUCAGGUCAGUGAAGCUGUCGCUUGUUGGGGAAACGUUUGCCUGCUUUGAUUUUCAGACCAGAGUCAGCCAGGUGGAACCCUCGAGGCCAGCAGUGCUCUGGAGAUACCUGCAGCUGGUUCUUGUCUCUAAUAUGAACAUAUCUCUGUAGCAACUCACACAGUUACACUGAGUCAGGGGACUGUGCUCUCUGUAGGCUUUGCCUGUCUAUUAAAGAUUAUGGAAGUCC